AGUUGACAGCAAGUAGGAGGGCCCUAUGGAAGGAGAAAAAAAGACAACACGAGAAAAAUUAGUAUUUUCUACCUUCUGAAAUUAAUGGUCAUGAGUUCGUAUAUGGUGAACUCCAAGUAUGUGGACCCCAAGUUCCCUCCGUGCGAGGAGUAUUUGCAGGGCGGCUACCUAGGCGAGCAGGGCGCCGACUACUACGGCGGCAGCGCGCAGGGCGCAGACUUCCAGCCCCCGGGGCUCUACCCACGGCCCGACUUCGGUGAGCAGCCUUUCGGAGGCGGCGGCCCCGGGCCUGGCUCGGCGCUGCCUGCGCGGGGUCACGGACAAGAGCCAGGCGGCCCCGGCGGUCACUACGCCGCCCCAGGAGAGCCUUGCCCAGCACCCCCGGCGCCUCCGCCGGCGCCCCUGCCUGGCGCCCGGGCCUGCAGUCAGUCAGACCCCAAGCAGCCACCCCCCGGGACGGCACUCAAGCAGCCGGCCGUGGUCUACCCCUGGAUGAAGAAGGUGCACGUGAAUUCGGUGAACCCCAACUACACCGGUGGGGAACCCAAGCGGUCCCGAACGGCCUACACCCGGCAGCAAGUCCUAGAACUGGAAAAAGAAUUUCAUUUUAACAGGUAUCUGACAAGGCGCCGUCGGAUUGAAAUCGCUCACACCCUGUGUCUGUCGGAGCGCCAGAUCAAGAUCUGGUUCCAGAACCGGAGGAUGAAGUGGAAAAAAGAUCAUAAGCUGCCCAACACUAAAGGCAGGUCAUCGUCCUCAUCUUCCUCCUCAUGUUGCUCCUCCUCAGUUGCCCCCAGUCAGCAUUUACAGCCGAUGGCCAAAGACGACCACACGGACCUGACGACCUUAUAGAAGUGGGGACCCUGGGCCCAUCUCUCCCUGCGCACCAGGCUAAGCCGAAGCUGCGGGGGCAGGCCGGGCCUGCUGUCACCUCGCUGGGCUCUAAGGUACUGUGGGGUGGACCUGGGACAAGCAGGCCGCCCUCGGACUAGGUUAGCAUCCUGCCCGAGGGCAGCCCCCUCCCUAGUGCGGGAUGGGGAUGGGAGGGGGGCGGGAUUCUCUCUCUAAGUAUAUUAUAUGGCAGGAGCUACUGAGAACAUAAAAUCUUGGCGAGUCAUUAAACUCAUGAAAAUCA